ACGCGUCCGUGACGUGUUUAUAAAGUUGAAUUAACAUAUUCAAAUAAAAAGAACAAGACCUUAAUAAUAAGUAAAUUAUCAAUUAAAUCCUAGUGCUGUGCUUAAAAUAGUGUUAAAUAUAGUUAUAAGUGCAAUUUACCUGCAAAUACAGGAAGAUGCUGUUCUACUUUCUACUGCUGGGUUCGACCCUCGCAUAUCCGCAAGUGACGAUAAAACCAGACGUCCUGAUAGACGUGUUCGGAACACCGCCCACCACCAAGAAAAUACCAGGACUUGAAGAUAUAACAGUACGACCUACCGACAGUACAUCUACAUUCGUCGACAGCAACGGCGAUGCGUGCAAAUGUGUACCCUAUUACCUAUGCGAUACGAACUUGAAUGCUGUGGAUGCGUACAACGAGACUGUCACUGGAGCUUUCAAGCUGGAUAUCAGAUUCGGAGUUGAUGAGUGUCAGGAGAGUGUGGAGCGGUGCUGCAAGGACCCGAAGCCUCCGCAGCCGCCUCCAGUGCCCGACUCCAAGAACCUACGGGGCUGUGGCUACAGGAACCGAAAUGGAAUUGACUUCAGUAUCACUGGUGGUUCCGGCGCGGAGGCACAGUUUGGGGAGUUUCCGUGGGUGGUAGCACUCUUGGAUGCUGUGAAUGGGCGUUACGCAGGUGUCGGUGUUCUCAUACACCCACAAGUUGUGAUGACAGGCGCCCACAUCGCAUACAAAUUCCAGCCUGGUUCAUUAAAGAUCAGAGCUGGUGAAUGGGACACGCAGACGAACAAGGAACGUCUGCCAUCACAGGAGAGGAUAGUCCAGGACAUGUUCAUACAUCCAGAAUUCCAUUCGAAGAGCCUACGUAAUGAUUUAGCUCUCCUCCUGCUGAAGGAGCCAGUGGAUCUGGCUGACCACAUCAACGUCAUCUGUCUCCCGACACAGGAUGAGUUGUUUGAGACCAGCAAAGAUUGCGUUGCUAACGGCUGGGGUAAAGACAGCUUUGGUCAAAAAGGUCGUUACGCUGUUAUCUUGAAGCGUGUUGAAGUGAACAUGGUUCAACAUGACAGUUGUGCCGCCAUACUUAAAACUACCCGACUCGGGUACAACUUCAGAUUGCACGACAGUUUUCUGUGCGCCGGCGGAGAGGAGGGCAAAGAUACAUGUCAGGGUGAUGGCGGAGCACCUUUAGCUUGUCCUAUAGGUGAUGACAGAUAUAAACUGACAGGUCUAGUCGCGUGGGGUAUCGGUUGCGGGGAGAAGGGAGUUCCCGCUGUUUACGUCAAUGUGUCAAAAUAUCGCGCUCUUAUUGACAGCAAGAUGGCGGAGUGGGGCUUCAAUACGAGUGCCAAUGAUGUUUGAAAUGUAACAUAUUUUUAGAUUUAAACAAA